ACGUGACAGCAUGAGGCCGGAUGAGGACUUCUUUUGUUAACUACAAUUUCUCCUCCGCGUUGCUUUCGAAUGUUUUGUAAUCGCAACUUUGGCAUUUCCUCUUUGACUUAGCGUAAAUUUGUGAUCUGUAUCACCAAAGGCUUCUGAAUGGCUUCCAAUUUCCUUCAAACCUUUGAACGAGACUCGGACGAUUGCAAGCUGCACAACGGGUAUGACAUUCAGAGCUGUGUUCUGGCUGGAAUUAGUGUUUUGCUGGGAACAGCUGUCUGUUUUUACGGAUACCGUUUGUUUAAACUCGUUCUGUUCCUUGUUGGAUUUCUGGUGGUAUUUUUCUUCACUUAUGUGUUGUGUCAAGAAUAUCUCAGUGAGAAGCUGUCUGGAAAAUCUUUUGAACAUAGACGUCAGAUAUUCCUUGGUAUCUCUGCUGCAGUUGGUCUUGUUGCUGGAUUGCUGACAGUUUGUAUUUUCUAUGUUGGAUUAUUUGCUCUUGGUGCAACCAUGGGAUGGUUUGUAGGCCUGGCAUUUCUCCCUCUUCUCUACAAGCAUUCAGAAUACCUGUCUGAACACAACUGGCUGCCUUACAUCAUUCUCUGUGCAUUUGCCAUAGCAGGAGGAAUUCUUAUUCUCUGUAUACAGAAGGUAAUAAUUGUCAUCUCUACAUCCUUCUCUGGAGCCUUUUGGUGUGUCAAUGGUAUUGAUUACUAUGUGGAAAAUGGCAGAGUGCUGUACUACUCAAUCAGUGUUUUGCAUGGUCAUUACACAAAGUCUGCCUUGCCUCACUGCUGGUAUACCUGGGUGGUGUUAGGCCUUAUCCCAGUCAUGUUCAUUGCUGGGCUGGUGGUGCAAUUUUGUAAGACUGCAAAGAACAGUGAUCAUAGAGAAGCUUAUGGCAGGAGUUCAAGGAAUCUUUACACAGCAACUCCCAUGCAGGAAUUCUCGGACCAGCGGCCCAUUUUGACAGACUAUGAUUAAACAGUACUCAAGAGUCAAAGGACACCAAGAAAAUUUAGUUGUAGAAUCCUUUACUUUCACUAUCAUGGUGAGAAUAUGUCAGGUGUCCCUCUUAUUGAUCUAGUACACCCUGAACAGAUCAUCAUGAUAAUUCAAAUGUUUCUGUCCUUAUAAGAGUGCUCUGCACAGGGAGUUGUAUUGUUUUUAAGUGAAAAUUCGAUUACCACUCUGGCAUAUUGUUGUCAAAUUAAGUUUUAAGAGCUUUUUCCCAGGAGCAACUAAGAUGCUCAGUAGAAGUGCCAUGUUUUAUGAUAGCAUCACAUUUUCAAGGAAAAUUUAGUAGUCUGAUUGUUCUGGGAAAAGGAUCUCUAUAAUUUUCAAAUUAGUAGUAGGUUGGUAGCAACUUUUCUUUUGAACACUUAAAACCAGCUUGUUGCAGAGAAUUGAAUUUUUGGACUGAACUGUAAAAUAACCAUCUUGAUCAUAUCAUCGUGAACAACCCUCACUUGUUGUUAGAUGCCCCCAAAAAAUUUGGAGAUUUCUGUACAUUUGUUUUUUGUGUUUUUUUUUUUAAUUUCUGAAACACUAAAAGUGCCCUUAUGUCCUUGUUUUGAGUAUCAUAAAAAUCCUAACCAUAGGAAUGGGAUGAGAGAAAAGCUAACCCCCUAAUACCUCCUCAGUAUUUUAGCCCAUCCAUAGCAACACCAAAGCUUUAGGGAGAAGAGGAACAUGUGGAUUUUCUUUUUUGUCAAAGACCUGUGACAAUUUGAGAAAACAAAAAGAUGGUUUUAGAGUUUCUUGUCCUGUUCUAGUGGUUUAAGGGAGGGUGAAUCAAUUCUGAAAUUAAUCUUAGUGAGCAAUAUUUCAGUGCCUUGAUUUUGGUCUUGAGGUACAUGGAUGGUCCUCAGCUUGCAGUGGAUAAAUUUACUUUUAUUGGUUACUGGAAACUAAACCCUUUAACUUCUUAGAUCUGAUUUUUAAUUCUUCUCUCUAGCUUCUACACAUUUCCUUGUUAAAUAAUGAAGAGAAUUCAGUGUUAGGUGAAGAUAACAACUUUUACCAGAUAAGUUUGUGUAUUCUCAUUACCUGUUUACCGGAUAUAUGGAUAUUUUAUGGAGAAGUUACAUGUUAAUCACUUCUGGGAUUCAAAAGGUUAAUGUGAGGUUUGUCAGAAAUAGGUUUAAACGAAUACUUUCAUUUUCAAAUAUUUUGGUUUUAAAAUUUGUAGAGAACGAUUUAUUUGCAUUGUUAGUUUGUAAAUAGCGUUAUACUUAACAUUGUUGUUUACUAUUGUAGAAAAGAGAGAAAUUGUUAAAUAAAUUUGUAAAAACUGUUG